UCUUCUACCUUGGUAAGCACCGAAGUAAAUUCACGAACAUCGAGGUACUGCUAGAAACCAGGGUUUUUUUCGGGAGCCGUGGAUUCAAGAAUCUAGGGUUUUCUUUAAACCCAGAGCUGAAAGGAUGGCUAAUGAUUCUCGCUCUAGGCAGAGAAAUAAAGAUUUUGAGGGUGACAGUUCAGGUAAAAGUAUGGAUAGCGGGGAAGGAACUUUGAACUCUGGCACGUUAAAGGUUGAUGCUUCACGUUUAAGGCAGACAACUCAGGGUGCAUCAUCCUCAGGACAAAUGACAUCGAGCCCAUCAAGUACUAGGAAGUCUGAACGACUUGAAAAGCGGAUGCCAUCAACACCUCUUCCGGUUAUCAGGAAAUCUGAGAGACUGGAGAAACAGAGCGCCCCAAGUCCUUUAAGAAGGUCUGACAGGAGUAGAGCACUUGGUUCAUCAACUUCAUAUGGAUCAAAGAGCUUGGAGAAAGUGUCCAGUUCAGCGGACAGAAUGAGCAGGCGGGAAAAGAAACAGAAGAGCGUAAAGCAGUUGACGAUGGGAACUGAAAACGUCAACCAUGGUGAAAAAUGGAACCAAGAAUCUUUUGGUGUAAAGAGGAAGAGAAUGGAUGCUCGCAGUUACAAGGAUUUGUUCAAACGAAAACAAAUAUGUUCAGCAUCAGGUAGGGAGGACGAGUUGGAAAGACAUGACCUGUUGCCUCAAGUUGAUAGUGGUGGUAACAUGAGUUGUUUAAAACAAUUAGAGGACAAGAAUGAAGGACAUGAAUGCGGUAUGAGGGUCACAGAAGACUCGAGAGAAAAACCUUUGGAGAGAGCUGUCUCAGGAGCUGCAUUUGGUUUGAAAGAUUGUGAUGCCAAGAUCUCUGAGCCCAAUAUUAAUUCUACUACUGGAAAUUCUCAGAUUCCUGAGAUGGUGACGUUGACUUGUAUGGCGAGUCCACUUGGUUGUAAUACUAAGUUGGAAAGUGGUGCCCGAUGCAUGCAAUCAGAAGAAAAGGGGUCUACAAUUAAUGUAGCGCCUGAUGUCACAGGAAUCCUUGUUAGUAAAUCUGUCUCUGCUCUGGUUGCCGAGUCUGAUCCUGCAGCAUCCGGGGAGAAUGAUAUAUAUGGCUUUGUUGGGAACUGUGCUGUCUGCUGUAAGAGGCGAAGGUCAGAUUAUGAUUCACCAAAAGAGGAACUCUGUUCUUGCGGAGCUACUCUGAGCUGUACCUCAGGUGACAUCUCAAGAAAUAAG